ACUAAAUGUAACUCAAUGAGCUGGACGGGAGACAGAGAACAUUUUGCCCAUCGAUAUACUACGUAUAAUUCAUUGAAAUCCAUAAAGACCACAGUAUAAGUCAUACACUCACACGCACUCUUAGACCCACAUGGUAAAACAUGUUAGUGGGUGUUUCUAUGAUUGAUGUAUUGAUCUUUUUUGCCUUUUGGGUCUCUCAAGAAUUCAACCAAGUGGCCGUCACCUUGUUUCAUAGCUUAUUUCAAGCAAGUCGGGGGACAAAGAUUCACCAUUUCAGCUGCCGGGGUUUCCCCAGGAAAACACAAAGUUUGCAUCUUUCUGGCUGAGCUCUUCUGUUCCAGAGCAGUGGCUGUUCUUGUGCACUCUUUAUCCUAUACUGAUAGAAAGCUUCAAUCUUGGUGUACUGUUUCAAGUUCUGGCUUUGGGAUGUAGUUUGGUAUUCUCUGAGGAAUUGAACUGAUAUAAUAAGUGUGAUUAUAGUUCGCUCUUGGCUUUGAUUCAGUCAAACCUUUUAACUUAUGGUGGUGGGAAUUUUCUGGCUAGUUUCUGCGUAGUGAUGGAGAAACAGGCCAGUUUCAGAAAUGGAGUAAUGUUGAUGGAAAAACAGAGAAGUUUUAAAGGGCUGAUGGAAAAGCAGAAAAGUUUCAGGAUAGCAGCAGCUAUGGAGAAGCAGAAAAGUUUCAAAAGGGGAAAGGAUUCCCCUGGGAAGCGAGGUGAUAACCCUCUUCACCUCGCGGCACGAGGGGGGAAUCUGAAUAAGGUGAGAGAUAUUAUGCAGAAGUUUGAGGGUAAGUCCUUGAAGGAUUUUCUGUCAAAGCAGAACCAAGAAGGGGAGACGGCUCUUUAUGUUUCUGCUGAAAAUGGGCAUACCUCAGUUGUAGGAGAGUUACUGAAGCAGUUAGACCUUGAAACCGCAUCUGUCGUCUCCAACAAUGGAUAUGAUGCUUUCCAUGUUGCAGCCAAGCAGGGCCAUCUUGAAGUGCUGAAGGAACUCUUGAAUGUUUUCCCCAACUUAGUGAUGACAACAGACUCGACCAAUUCCACUGCUCUACACACAGCAGCCGGUCAAGGGCAUGUUGAAGUGGUCAGUUUGCUUCUUGAAAUUGACUCAAACCUUGCUAAGAUAGCUCGCAACAAUGGCAAGACUGUUCUCCACACAGCAGCAAGGAUGGGUCACUUGGAAGUGGUGAAGCUGCUUCUGAACAAGGACCCCAGUAUUGGGUCUAGGAUGGACAAGAAGGGACAAACGGCCUUGCACAUGGCUGUGAAGGGUCAUAAUGUGGAUAUUGUGCUUGAAUUGAUCAAACCAGAUCCAACUGUAAUAGCUUUAGAGGAUAAACAGGGAAACACUGCACUCCAUAUCGCAACUAGGAAGGGACGGGCUCAGAUUGUUAAGUGCUUAAUAUCGAUUGAAGGCAUCAACAUAAAUGCAGUCAACAAGGCUGGAGAAACCGCUCUCGACACUGCAGAAAAAUUUGGAACCCCAGGCAUCGCGGCAAUGUUAAAAGAGGCGGGAGCCACUCGUUCCAAGGACCACAUAAAGCCUCCUCCAAGUGCCGCAAAGCAACUCAAACAAACUGUUAGUGAUAUAAAGCAUGACGUACAAUCGCAACUUCAACAGAGCCGUCAGACUGGGUUCCGUGUGAGGAAAAUAGCAAAGAAGGUGAAGAAGCUCCACAUCAGUGGCCUUAACAAUGCCAUCAACUCCCUUACAGUCGUUGCUGUCCUCAUUGCAACCGUUGCUUUUGCUGCAAUCUUCACCGUUCCGGGGCAAUACGUUGAGAAGGAGAAGAAAGGGUUUUCUCUUGGGCAGGCAAAUGUGGCGAACAAGGCGGCUUUCAUUGUCUUCUUCUUGUUCGACAGCCUGGCAUUGUUCAUCUCCAUAGCCGUUGUGGUCGUGCAAACGUCUGUGGUUGUGAUUGAACAGAAGGCGAAGAGGCAGAUGGUGUUCAUAAUAAACAAGCUCAUGUGGGCGGCUUGUCUCUUCAUAUCGAUCGCAUUCAUCUCACUCACAUAUGUGGUGGUUGGGGUUAGGGAGCAAUGGCUCGCCGUAUAUUCGACUGUUGUGGGGGGAGUGAUAAUGUUGACAACGAUUGGGUCCAUGUGCUACUGUGUGAUUCGACAUAGGUUGGAGGAGUCGAGGAUGCGGAAUAUAAGGAGGACUGAAACGAUGUCUCAUUCCUUCUCAUUGUCCAUGCCGGCAGUGGCAUCGGAUCCGGAGCUUUAUAAUGAGAACUACAAGAGGAUGUAUGCUGUGUAGAUGAAUCAGAUUGAAUUGAAAAGUAUAGAAAGAACCAAAUGUGACCAUGUGGGGUUGUUUUAUUCAUUCAGCAUGGACCUCCAACUGGUUCAUGCAUAAACAGGGUGUUGGCUGGGGAAAAGCUGGCCACAUGGUUAGCUGCAAUGGGUAAAUACCAGGUUUCUAUUUGUAGUAACAAGAAGGUUGGUUGGUGCUGCCAUAUGUUGUGAUAUUUUUUAGAUAAAGAUGUAGAACGACAAAAAAAUAGCUGAUGCAAUUAAUAAUAAUAUCUUAUACGGCCAUAUGUUAAAUUCUUGCCCGUUUGUAGCAACCUGAAAAAUCUCAAGAGAUUUGAUGAUUACUUCUCUUAUAUAUAUA